CUCCCUCUCAGACUCAUCGGCUUUUGAAAGAAGCCCCCAGAACACUCGCAAUGGCCCCCUUGAACGAAUUCCUUUGCAUCAUCCCCGACAAGCCGGGAACCCUGCAGAAGCGACUGGAGGUUCGCCCACAACAUCUCGAGGGUAUUAAACCGCUCGUCGAGGCUGGUCAGGCCGUUUUGGGUGGUGCCAUGCUCGACUCGCACCCCACGGAAGGCCAAACACCCUCGUUCAAAGGCACUGCCAUCAUGUACUUGGCCGAGAGCAAGGAGGCGGCGAUCGAGUUGAUGAAGAAGGAUAUCUACACGGUCUCGGGCGUGUGGGAUGUCGACAACGCGCAGGUCAUUCCGUUCAAAUCCGCCGUGAGGGUUGGGCUGUGAGGAUCUUGAUCUUGAUUGUGAGAAAGUUUCCAAGUAGUAUACAUGCAGGUUUCUAUAGUAUACCAUUCCAUGCAAUGCCACUUC